UACAUCUAUAUAUAUUCUCUUAGAUGGCCCUUCUGGGGUUUGAAGAGGGGCUCCUUUCUUUAGAUUCUUCCAUUCCCUCUUUCCUUAGAUUCUUCAUCCUAAUACACACUUAGUAUUCUAUCUUUAUACUACUGGUUUUUUUUUUUAAUCUUUAUUUUAUUUGUUGAAGAAUUAGCAUCUUUUGGCUGAUAUUCUCAAACUACCCUGUUGUCAAGAAUGGAGUUUUUGCCUGCCCACUUGCCCAAAAAAAUCGAAUCUUUUUCUACUUCAAAUAUGAUAUUUUUCAUAUGUGGUGGUGUACUUAAUUUCACCAGAUAGUUUUAGAGAGAGAAAGAGAAGUAGAAGGGAUUGUAUAUUGAGGUUUUUGAAAAUCUUGAAGGAUGAGUAAAAAAGGAGAAUCUCAGUAUUUGAAGUUAAACAACACUGGUUUCUCAUCAGAUUCUCAUACUAAGCUUCAAUGGAGCUUUCAAGAUUGCAAUUUGUACCCUAUUGGUGGCUUGUUUGCCUCUAUUGGGCAAAUGGGGAAUAACGAAAACGGGGGUCUCAAAUUACCACCACACGCAGAUUUGCUAGUCAAGUAUGUUUCAUUGCCUGAGGGGUUCAAGAUUUUCGGCAUGACGGAAAAUGAAAAGGACUCGAUGAUGUCCGAAAAGAAUAAAAAGGGUCUAAAGCUUAAGAUCAAGAUUUCGAACCCUUCGUUGAGAAGGUUAGUUAGCGGUGGAAUUGCCGGUGCCAUUUCAAGAACCGUUGUGGCUCCAUUAGAAACAAUUAGGACUCAUUUGAUGGUCGGUAGUAACGGGCAUUCGACUAGUGAAGUGUUCGAAAGUAUAAUGAAAACCGAUGGAUGGACCGGAUUGUUUAGAGGGAAUUUCGUUAACGUCAUUCGAAUUGCACCCAGCAAAGCCAUUGAGCUAUUUAUUUUCGACACCGUGAACAAAAACUUGUCACAAAAACUGCCUAUUCCUCCUUCCUUAAUAGCCGGAGCAUGUGCCGGAGUCAGCUCAACUCUAGUCACGUACCCUCUCGAGUUACUCAAGACUCGAUUAACUAUACAGAGAGAACUAUACAACGGAUUGUUCGAUGCGUUCGUUAAAAUACUGCAAGAGGGUGGGCCCGGUGAGCUAUACAGAGGUCUCACUCCAAGUGUUAUUGGAGUGAUUCCAUAUGCCGCCACAAACUACUGCGCUUACGAUUCUUUGAGAAAAGCGUACAAGAAAAUGUUCAAACAAGAAAAGAUUGGAAAUAUCGAGACCCUAUUGAUUGGAUCUUUUGCCGGUGCUGUUUCGAGCACUGCCACGUUUCCUCUUGAGGUGGCUCGUAAGCACAUGCAAGUCGGUGCUGUGAGUGGGAGACAGGUGUACAAGAAUGUUCUGCAUGCACUUUCUUGCAUACUCGAACGAGAAGGGGUUUGUGGUUUGUACAAAGGGCUUGGACCGAGUUGUCUGAAGCUGGUGCCUGCUGCUGGGAUUUCGUUUAUGUGUUACGAAGCUUGUAAGAAGAUUUUGGUCGAGGAAAAAGAUAAGCAAUAGAUUAAGAAGUGUGUUCUUCGGAGGACGACUUUUCGACAUCUUAUGGAUAUUUUACAAUUUUAUUGGGAGAAGAAAAUUUUGUUUGGGAGAAAUGGAUUUAUGAGAUGAAAACUUACAUGUAUUGUUAGACAUGAUUUUGUUUAUUGGAUAGAACUUAGAAG